AGGGAUGAUCAUGUCCGCAGUCUGGUCCUCUAUCAGCGGACAACUUUUUAUUCCUUAUUCAUAGGUGUUGGUUAUUGUAUACUUUGCUUUCUCUCUAAUUCCGAUUUCAUCAACGCAUAUUUAACAAAUAUCAGAAACAAAAUCCAGCUCAACUCUUGCUAUCUCAAGGUAAUAUCCUUGCGCGGCCUGCUAUGAUCAUGACAUUACUUACGGCGCUUAUCGCGUUAGAAUUGCGCGGUCUGGAGAUGUGACCGCGGGAGCGGCUGUAUGUGGGUGUGCAUUGAGGAUGGAUGGAUGGUGUCGAUAGGUAAUGGUAGUUUUUUUUGAAAAGGGUUGGAAAACGCACGAGAGCAAUUUGCAAACUCAUUCUUUGUAUGCCAAGCAACCAAUCUUUGGGUCGGUUACCUGAAAUGCCAUCCAACAGCUACGCUCCUGUGGUGGGAGCUGAUUAUUCGCAUCGACAUUGUCAGAGAUUUGUUGUCCUCCCCGCGUAUUUAUUCGUAAUGCAUGUAUGUAUUAUUGUUGUUUUUUCGUAUUCUUUUGUGGCCCUUGAAAGAUCUCUGAAAGCCAAUGCAUGUCCUAUACAUGGAUAUUUCUGUGUCUUUGCUGCAGACAGUGAGCCCAACAAUCAAGCCGUGGAGCAAGCCACUGAACGGAGCCCGAUGACGGAACUGCAGGAACCCCACCAUCUAAUCAAUCUAAUCACUGUACAGCCCACUACCGCCACAGCAGAACCUAAGCCCCUCCGAUUUUCGACAUCGCCUCCGGCACCCGGUCGUCGCAAAGCACAUCCGUCAAGCGCAAACAACAUACAUAGUCAAAUCUCUCUCGUGCAAUGGCAAACCAGAUAACGGAAGCCUCUCUGAAGGCUGUCUUGACCGAACGCCUCCAGGCAACUCACGUCGAGGUCACAGACAUGUCUGGUACGCGUCCC